AGUCACCUCGCCGCUUCCUCUCUUCUGCUGCUUCUUCUUCUUCUUCUCCACCCUGCGUCUAGGGUUCCAUCAACGCUCUCAUUACCAUGGCUCUCCAGCUCAGGAGCGGACGGAAAUCGCUCCCUAGCCCUUCCCUCAUGCGCUUCUUCUCCGAAAAGCCAGACCCAGAUGCGGAAUCGCCUCCACCAAACUUCACUCCCGACGACACUGACUCAAAGCCGCAGUCUUCGACGCCACAUGUCCCUCUCUCUAAUUUCUUGAGCCAGGUCAGAGCGAGGCUCAAACAGGAUCAGCAACAGCAGCAACAGCAGCAGCAGCAGCGAUAUAACAGACCCACUUUCUCGUCUUCUUUUCCCGCGUCGAAUGCGCCGAACCAACAGCCUUCGAGAGCCGCUUCCCUCGAGGAAAGCCGGAGAAACCUCUCCGAGUUCCGUCGCCGGUCUGCGGUGCCGGACCCGUUGGUCUCCUCCAAUGUCCGGUCCGUUACUUUCCAGGAGUUGUACAAUCGCAAUGUGAUAGCGAGGAACGGGGAGGCUAAUUCGGGUGGUCCCGGGUCUGUGCCUACGAAACCGGGGGGGAAGCUCUCCUUGAAUGCGAUCAGCGAGAGCCUGACGAAGAUGGGGUCCGGUCAGAACACCGGUCCUGACGCCCUUCCGAAGAGCAGGAACCUGAUGUCACUCUCGCAGUUAGCUAAUUCUCUGAGGACGAGCCCGGGGCUAGGGGACUCGGGUUCGGGAAUCAAGGCUAUCGGAGGGGGCGAGAAUUUGCCCCCGUCGGUGUUUGGGAGGGAGAUGAGGGAGAGGAAGGAAGGGGAAGGGAAAACGCUCGAUGGCAGGUCGAAAACGGAGUUCUUGAGGAUGUAUGGUUAUGCAGAUUUGGGAGGGAAGUUGAAGAUGUUGAGGCCAGAGUGCGUGGCGAAAGGUAGAGAUGGGAAGGGGUGGUUUUCACUGGAGGAGUUGAAUGAGAGGUUGGUGAAGUUGAGGGAGAUGGAGGAGAAACAGACGGGAGGGUCUCCUUUCAGUGAUUUGAGGUCAAGUUUGACCCACAUGAAAUAUGCUGAUGAUGAGAAGACGAAGAAGACGACGCUCCUGAGACUAAAUUUGCUAGGACAGUUAGGGGGAACUCCAGACUUCAUGCUGCAGCCUCCAAAGGAACAAUUAGUUGAAAAGUACUUCCAUCCGGAUAACAUGUCUUCUGCAGAAAAACUGAAGAUUCAGCUUGCGGAAGUGAGGGACGAGUUUAAAAUGUCACAGUCAGACUGUGGAUCUGCACGUGUGCAAGUGGCGCAGCUGACGACAAAGAUAAAGCAUUUAGCGAAAGCCUUACACAAAAAGGAUAAGCAUUCUCGAAAAGGGCUUGAAGCGAUGGUGCAGCGAAGGAAGAGGCUCUUGAAGUAUUUGCGAAGGACAGACUGGGAUUCAUACUGCCUAGUUCUCUCUAAGCUUGGACUGCGCGAUAACCCGGAUUACAAGAACGCAUGAAUGCAAGGAAGCGAACUGAGCCCCUUUCUUCCUUAGCGCAUCGAAUGGAACUCAGGAAUUCUGGUGCAUCAGAGGCUCGCGCGGUUCUUUUGGGUCGGAACGAUGUAGCCCGCAUUCUUGUUUCUUUUUCACUUUAUUCUCUGAUUACGACGGUUCUUCUUUG